AUCAGGAUCCUCAAAGCUUUCUGAAAUCCCAGGAAAGAUUUGCCGUCUGUCCUGCUGCUCCAUACUUUCUCUAUCUGCAUAUUUGAAGGCAAUGAAAAUGAAAAGCAUGUACUUUGUGGCGGGGUUGCUUUUAAUGAUUGUACAAAGCAGCUGGCAAAGUGCCCUUCAAGAAACAGAGGAGAAAUCCAGAUUAUUCAAAGCUUCCCAGACUGAACCAUUAGAUGACUCUAGACAGCUGAACGAAGUGAAACGUCACUCACAAGGUACAUUCACCAGCGAUUACAGCAAGUUCUUGGACACGAGGAGAGCUCAAGAUUUUGUAGAGUGGUUAAUGAGCAGUAAAAGAAGCGGACAACAAAGGCAAGAAGAGACAGAGAAAGAAAACCUGCUGGAUCAGCUUUCAAGCAAUGGACUUGCCAGACGCCACGCCGAAUAUGAGAGGCACGCUGAUGGUACCUAUACCAGCGACAUCAGCUCUUACUUGGAAGAGAAAGCAGCCAAGGAGUUCAUUGCUUGGCUAAUGAGCGGACGAGGGAGAAGAGAUUUGUCAGAAGGAACUGCUAAAGCUGUAGACUUGGCCAGAAGACAUUCGGAAGGCACUUACAACAGUGAUCUCCAUGAACUCCUGGAUGAAAUGGCUACCCAAGAAUUCUUGAAGUGGUUGCUUGAAGCAAAAGUGACUGAGAGGGACCUUUCGAGACAAUACCAAGGAGAUACAGAAUAAACAUGGCAUAAAUUAAGAUCUUCACUACAUCAACUACCUACCAUUAGGGAAUUUUGAAAUGUACAUUUCAGGACCCGUACCCUAAAGCCAAGCAGUUCAACAUUUACUCUUUCACCCAGCUUUGAAAGGAUUUUAUAGAGAACUUAACUUUGACUCCUGGCUAACCAAAGUAAUAGGCCCCUUGGUAGAAAUAAUCUAUUAUUCCAUUUGUUUUAGGAGCAUCCUAAACAAACCCAAACAAUUGCAUUUAUAUUCAGCAAUGGCAUCAUUAUUAUUAUUUUUCUAGGAAGAAGAAAUAAUCCACAACAUACUUCUAAAAAGAAUUAGACCCUUUGUUAUAAGUCCCUUGACUUAUAACUCUGAUCAGAAUUGUACUAGCAAAAAAGAGAGCGCUGCCAACAGAUGAAACUAAGAGGCUUGCAGUUAAAAUUGUGGAAACUUCCCUUUGAAACCUUUGUUAUGAGACUCAGAUUUCCAGAUAUCAAUGCUAAAACUUACAUAAAUAA